AACCAAUACAAAAUUUGUAAAUGAAGUUUUUACCUUAAUAAUACAAAGGUAAACCAAGUCAAACUAACCAAUACAAAAUUUGUAAAUGAAGAUUUGAACUUAAUAAUACAAAGGUAAAACAAAUUAAAUUAACUAGUACAAAAUUAACAAUACUUAUAUAUAUAAACUUCCUUCAAAAACACAAUUACUGAACUCUUGAAUAGAAGAGAAACUCAAUAAAACAAAGAUGAAAACUCAAAGAAAACAGAGUGUAGUACUAGUACCACUUCCAUGCCAGGGGCAUUUAACACCAAUGCUGCAGCUUGGAAGUAUCCUUCAUUCUCAAGGCUUUUCUGUUAUAAUAGCUCAUCCUGAAUUCAAUACUCCUAAAUAUUCCAAUCAUCCUGAAUUCGUCUUCCAUUCUAUGGAUGACGUAUUAAAGGGAAUCAACAUAUCAUCACCGAGUCUAGAGAACAUAUAUCAUUUGAAUGAGAACUGCAAGGUGCCUCUCAGAAACUACCUUGUUAAGAAGAUGAAAGAGGAAGGUGAUCAGCUUGCUUGUAUCGUUUAUGAUAAUGUCAUGAUUUUCGUUGAUGAUGUAGCCACUCAGUUAAGGCUUCCCAGCAUUGUCCUGCACACUUCCAGUGCUGCAUAUCUGCACUCCAUGAUCACCAUUUUUCAGCAACCAGAAAAAUAUUUUCCUUUCGAAGGUAUGAGAACAAACACAUCCUCUGAUUCAAGAAUUUAAUGAAAAAUCAUUUCGAUAACAAUAACUAUGCUUCAGUCACAAAGUUCCCUCGUUACAUUCAUCACAAGCCAACAUUAUAGAAAAUAAAAAUAAAAAUAAAAAUGAAAGGCACCCUUUACUUGUCGUCCUUACAAAAAAUAGAUAGUCCAAGAUAAUUGUCACUUCAGAAAACCAAGAUAUAAUUAACUAAUAGUUUUCGCUUUUAUCUUUACUCAAUAAAUGUGGAAAGAAAUUAAUGUGGUGGAAAAGAUAGUAGUAUUAAAUUGAGAUCAAAUUACACUUUUAGUUAUUGUUUUCUUAUGGGACGUGCAAAAAAAAUGACAAGUAAAAUGGAACAAAGUGAGUGCAGCAAGUAUAAUUCAGCCUAUAAUAUUUUUCUUCCAUUAUGUUGUAUCAGUUCGCUUAAGUUUGUAUU